CUGUCGCGAGAGAGGGACCGACUGGACCCACUCGGUGUGUACCGUUAUCCACCUGCGGAUAUCUCGCCCGCGGAAUCCGUACGUUAGACAACGACGUCAUAACUGUUCGAAUAGAACAAUAAUAGUGACGCGUUAUUCUACGAUGAUGUCAAGAAUACUUUGAAUUAUUGCAUCGAGACAGCACGAAACCAACGAACGCGUCUCGCGCGGAUUGUCCCACAGAAGCUGUCCAACAGGUGGAUUCCGAGGCCAAUCCAGAUCUGGAAGUAGCCAUACUUUACCGUUGCUCUCACUCUCCCUGUCUGUCUCUCCGCCCCUAAGAGUAACCAUAGCAAAUGCACUAGUGUAGCCGUAAAAUUCAGCGUACCGGAAAGAGUCUGAAUAACGCGUUCGGGAUAUGGAUCCUUUCUGUGGGCAAAAGGCAAUCCUCGGCUGUGACGUGACAUUGAAAGUAAUAGAGACAAGAGUGACCACGAAGCCACUAUUAUAGUGUUUAUUCGGAGUCAUGCCACUUUACAUCUGAUAUCGUCUUCUAAUAAACACAGGUUGUGUAUUUUUCUGCCUCAGGAAAGUGUUUUAGACUUUUGGAGUUAAUAAUGCCUGUAAGCAACGGAUCGAUGAUGGAUUUACCCUCGGAGUAUGUGAAAAUAAAAGCGCAUUAUGCUGGGAACAUGUUGAUUUCCGACUUGGACUUGGCCUUGACAUACACAGAACUAUGUGAGGAAGUGAGAGAGAUGUGUAGGGUUCACAAAGAGCUGCCAAUAACGCUCAAAUGGAUCGAUGAUGAAGGGGAUCCAUGUACCAUCUCCUCUCAGAUGGAGCUGGAAGAAGCAUUUCGGAUCUACAGCCGGAACCGGCGAUCCGGACUCCUUCUGCAUGUGUUCCCUAGCAUUCCUGAAAGACCUGGUAUGCCGUGCCCAGGAGAGGAUAAAUCGAUCUACCGCCGUGGGGCUAGACGAUGGAGGAAGCUGUACCGGGUGAACGGGCACCUCUUCCAGGCCAAGCGCUUUAACAGGAAAGCGUAUUGUGGCCACUGCAGUGAGAGGAUAUGGGGACUGGGGCGUCAGGGGUACAAGUGUAUCAACUGCAAGCUACUGGUCCAUAAACGCUGUCACAAGCUCGUCCCUCUGACCUGUCAAAGGCAUAUGGAUCCAGUCAUGCCAUCGCAGGAGCCGUUGGUAGACGAUGAGAAAAGUGGUGAGGAAGUGGAGCUCCCCCCUGAGGACCCUGAGGAAACAGACGCAAUUCCACUCCCUUUCUUAGCGCACAACCGGAAAGUAGAGAAAGCUGAAGAUGACGCAGAGGAUCUUAAGGUGGUGGUAGAUGGUCUCGAGGGCAUUCAGAUCUCUCAGGGAUCUCUUGGCCUGGGAGACUUUGACAUGAUCCGGGUCAUUGGCAGGGGCAGUUAUGCUAAAGUGCUGCUGGUCAGACUGAAGAAGAAUGAACAGAUUUAUGCCAUGAAGGUGGUGAAGAAAGAGCUGGUCCAUGAUGAUGAGGACAUUGACUGGGUCCAGACAGAGAAGCACGUGUUUGAACAAGCAUCAACCAAUCCGUUUUUAGUGGGACUUCACUCCUGUUUUCAAACAGAGAGUCGAUUGUUUUUAGUGAUCGAAUAUGUGAAUGGAGGAGAUCUUAUGUUUCAUAUGCAGAGGCAGCGGAAGCUUCCAGAGGAACAUGCUCGAUUUUAUGCUGCUGAAAUUUGCAUCGCUCUUAAUUUUCUGCACGAGAAGGGCAUUAUUUACCGGGAUUUAAAACUGGACAAUGUACUGUUGGACCAGGAUGGCCAUAUCAAGCUUACAGACUAUGGCAUGUGCAAGGAGGGUAUCAGACCCGGUGACACCACCAGCACUUUCUGUGGAACGCCCAACUACAUCGCCCCAGAAAUCCUAAGGGGUGAGGAUUACGGGUUCAGUGUAGACUGGUGGGCCCUGGGCGUACUCAUGUUUGAAAUGAUGGCAGGCAGAUCGCCCUUCGAUAUCAUCACUGACAAUCCUGAUAUGAACACAGAGGAAUAUCUCUUCCAGGUCAUUUUGGAGAAGCCAAUACGGAUCCCGAGGUCACUGUCUGUUAAGGCGGCAAGUGUACUGAAAGGUUUUUUGAACAAGGAUCCGAAAGAGAGGCUGGGUUGCCAAGUUCAGACCGGAUUUACAGAUAUCAAGUCUCAUACGUUCUUCAGAAGUAUAGACUGGGACCAGCUGGAACAAAAGCAGGUGACACCACCAUUCACACCUCAGAUCACAGACGACUACGGUUUAGACAACUUUGACACACAGUUCACCAACGAACCCGUGCAGCUAACACCAGACGAUGAGGAUGUGAUAAAGAGAAUAGACCAGUCAGAGUUUGAAGGAUUUGAGUACAUUAAUCCACUGCUGCUCUCCAACGAGGAAACCGUAUGAGAGAAGAACAUCACAAAAGAGACGUCUCUGCCUGCGGGUCCGUAGGACUGCUACAGCUGAGUUUAUUUCAGACUGUGUGUGUUCACAAAGAAGACAAAAGGAUGGCCAAUUGAUCCUUAAAACUGUUAAAAAGACAAAUAACAGGCUUCAAGUUCAAGACCCUUCUUAAGUUAUUUCAGGUUUCCGCUGCAGGAACGAAUAAGAGAGAAACUACACGGAAAAGAAACUCCGAACUGUUCCCCCAAAUUCCAGCUGUUGAGUGUCUUCCUGCUUCUCGGCAUCCUUUUUGAUGCCCAUGUUUGUGUUUGCGUGCGCGCACUGUUGCCUGGGACUUCACUAAGCUCCAUCAUCGUGUGCCUGCGUCCAUCAGAGACUACAUUUCCCAUGAACCCUUGCUAAAUAUGAUGGUUCUAACUUAUUAUGCACUUUUAUUUUCUGUUCAUCUUUUUUUUUAAUCUUGUAAGAGGUAAAAACAAGAAUGUACAAUAUUUAAAAGGUAAAAAUGUUCAACCUUGUAAUAUAGUGUAGGUAGCCAAAUUUACGAUGCCUUCUAGGAUGCAAAGUGGCACAACCAUGAUGGUUACAAAAACAAUGCUUUUAAUCACCAAUAUUAAUUUUACAGAGUAAAUGAGAAACAAAA